AAUUAAGGUUGUAUAACAACCUAUUACAAAAAGUAGAAAGAUUAGUGAAUAAUUGGAUAUCUAAUACUUUAAAUUUGAUCUCGGGGAUAGAAAAAGUUUAAAGAAGAAUUUAAUUAAAAGCAUCUAAUAAACCACAAAAUUUUGGCAUGAUAUUUUCAAUAAUCAAUAUUAGAUUGAUAAUUUUAAGGACACCAAUGAAAACCUUAAGUCAAAAUAUGAGAUUUUGGUUGAUAUGGUUCUGGUAUAAUUUUAGAUUCAGUUUCUUAUUGUUAUUGUUGAUCUUUGAUUUCUUCAGAGGUAUCAAAAUCGCUCAGAUUGAUUUCUUAUAAUUCAUAUUUGGGUGCCAUAUAUUCAAGAAACUGAUUGAGUUUAUUGAAGAGAAGUUAUUUUAGUUUUUUAUUAUCAAUUAGUACUUUAGGUUUUUUUUUGAUAUUGAUAUGAUUAGCUUCAUGUUCUUGAAUAAAUGAGAAAACAUUUGUAAGAUUAUGUACAGGUUCCCAAGUAUUUUCUUCAUUAGGAUAACCUUCCCAUUUAAUACAAUAUUAUAAUUCUUUAGUUUCAGGAUCAUAUCUC